UGUCAAUUUACUAUUUUUUUUUAUAAAAUGCAUGGAAAAAAUGUUUCUAUUAUUUAGUUUAUAUAUAGAACAUUUCUGUUCUAAUAUUUAGUUUACAAAAUUUUGUGUUUUUAUAAUUUCAUAAACGCUAUAUGAUUCAUGCGAAUAGAACCACAGGAAAAUAAAAAAAAAUCAUAGCAACAUCCAUCUGUAUUAUGAAUGUUUACUACGCCCAUGAAAAUCUAAGAGAUCCAGGUGUAAUAAGUGAUUGUGACACAAUGGCUGAACUAGCUGCUCUACUGAGAUCAGAAAUUCCAGAGGGGCGGAGCAGUCUUUCAGAAAAUCACACAAAUCUUCAAAGAGUAGCAGAAUACUGUGAAGCAAAUUAUUUCCAAAAUGAGAAUAAGCGGAUGGCAUUGGAUGAGACCAAAAAUUAUACAACACAGUCAUUAGCUAGUGUGGCUUAUCAAAUUAACACCCUUGCUUAUAAUUUUUUACAAUUAUUGGAUCUUCAGACCACACAGCUAGCUGAGAUGGAGAGUCAAAUGAAUCACAUUUCUCAGACUGUUAUGAUACACAAAGAAAAAGUAGCCAGAAGGGAAAUUGGGGUACUAACAGCUAAUAAAUCAACAAAUAGGCAAUAUAAAAUUAUUGCACCUGCAAAUCCUGAAAAACCAAUUAAAUAUUUGAGGAAACCCAUUGACUAUACAAUAUUUGAUGAAAUUGGUCAUGGGGUUAGAAGUGCCGGUACUCCUAGGCAAAAGCAAAGAGGGUCUAGUCAGGGCAGUAUACAAUCUUUAAAUUCUAUGCAGGGAAUGCAAGGAAAUCCUAUGGUUGGUCCUGCUCCUACUACUAAACCACCUACACCUCCACAAGUCUCAAGAACUUCUAGUAAAGUUUCUGUUUCUGGUGGAACUUUAAGUAAAGGAAGUCGUGAAUAUAGAACUCCACCUGCAGUAGCUCCACCACAGGUGCCCAGCCACUAUGCACCCAACUAUCCCAUUGGUCAUCCGCGUCGCGAGAGAGGCCCUGGUUAUGGAACUCUUCCAAUGACUGGUGCUCAUCAACCUGGACCACAGGUCGGCAUGGUUCAUCCAAUGACACAGCAGCAACAAGUAGUACAGCCCCAGACACCGCCUCCACCUCCACCUCCUGAUUCCAGAAAUUAUAUGCAGGAGCAACAUUUGAGCAUGCCACCUCCCCCAUCUCCAUUAAUAAAUACUCAGGAGAUGGUACUUUCAUCCAAUCAACAUCACCCUAUGAUGAUGGGUGGUCAACAUGUUCCAGUCCCACAAGGCAGUCUGGGUAUGCACACAUUAUCCCAUGCUCAAGGGCAUCGCAUUUCUCAACAAUUAGCAGCGAACUUUGCUAGGCAAAAUAGUGGAGCACAGUCUCCGCCUUUACCACCACCUCCUCCUCCAGAAGAUGAACAUGAGGCUUUUGGAAGACCACAUUCUUCAGGCGUUAUGCCUAUUGUUCCAGAUGAGGAAGAUUUACCGGGAUGGGUGCCUAAGAAUUAUAUCGAAAAAGUUGUAGCCAUUUACGACUAUUAUGCGGAUAAAGAUGACGAAUUGAGUUUUCAAGAAAGUUCCGUAAUUUAUGUUUUGAAGAAGAACGAUGAUGGUUGGUGGGAAGGUGUCAUGGAUGGUAUAACAGGACUCUUCCCUGGAAAUUAUGUAGAACCAUGCGUAUAAAAACAUUAGCUAAUAUUUAGCAUAAAUAAUAAUAUAUUUUUAAUUUUAGUUUAAUUAAUGGAUAACAUCUCCUUGUAUUAUGAUUCCAUCAUCAACAGAAGAAGUUUCAAAACAAUAAUUUUCAAACUAUAGAUCUAAUUUGUAAGGUAAAAAUUAGUUAACUAUUUUUAAGACCAAUGAAUUACCCAAAUUUACUGUAAUCGUGGGAUCAUAAUAUAAGUCUUCUCAUAAUAUUUUAAUCAAUAUGGUAAAAAAUAUAUGAGUAUGUUGGAGUAAAAAGAAUAGAG